CAGCUACGCGGUGUGCGACGGGCGCAGCAGAUGGCGCUACUGCAAGAACAUCACCAGCAGGGGCGACCUCUGCAUCUGCGGCAAGAAUCUCGCCUGCCUCGCCCCUGACGGACACGUCUUCCGUGACGAGGAUGGUGGGUGGGUGGCAGCACAGCCCCGAGGAGGAACCUCGCCCAGGAUCAGCUGGGCAGAUGGCUGGCAGCCAGGAGGCGGUGCAGGCGGGAAAGGGCAAGGAGGCCAACGCCAGCCACCACCUCGCGACAAGACCGCCGACCUCAAGGCCGCAGCUGCAGCAGCAUACGGCAAGCUCAGCAAGGACGACCCGCUCAAGCAGCACUACGAGGCCCUCUGGCCAGAGCUCGCCGCAGCCAAGCCACCAGCAGAUCAACCAGUCGUUGGAUUCAAGGCAGUGGAGGCAGCAGCUCGACGCUUGGACAAACUCCAGAAGAAGGUACGAUCGGCAGGGGAGCAAGUGGAGAGUGCCCAGCAGUACUUGGCUGAGAGCGAACGCAAGCUUCGUGAAGCUAUGGAAGCAUCCAUUGCAGCAGAAGAUGAGUUCGACAAGCUCAAGGCCACAGUCGGCAAGCAAGAGGUACCAGCCGAACCCGCAGCCGAGAAGCCAACGCUGGCGGCCCUCCUGGAGCAGUUCGAGCACGAGCCUGACGACUUCCACAAGUGGUCCGAGCCAGACAAGGAGGUCUGGCGAGCUGCAAAGGCCAAGGGUGAGCGCAUGGCCCAGACGGUCAAGGAGCACGAGGAGGAGACGGCGAAGCACCUGCGACUUCUGGAGGAAGAGACGGCCAGGCACCAGGAGCAGCUGCGCCAGCUCGAGCAGGCAAGCGUGUCUGCGCUGCCAGCCCAGCCCCUCAGCGAGGAGCCACCACAGGCGCUGAGGCAGCAGGGUCAGCUGCUGCGGCUGCGCCUAACGGCGCCGCGGCAGCUGCCCAACCAGAAGCAGGUGCAGCAGAACAUGACAAAGCAGAGGAACGCCGAGCUAGAGUGGAGGCCCACAUCCAGGAGGCGCGAGAGAAGGUCUCGCAGGCCAGGCGCGCCGAGACAGUCGUCGACGCAGAAGGGCAAGGUGACCACUCAGCAGGGUAGCCGCCCCAAGGCGAGCACGAAGAAGGCUCGCCGCCCUUGCCACAUCGACUUCUUCAAUGUCACGACCUGGGGCCCCCAGGCACAGGGCUACCUCGUGGAGAUCAACGACACCAAGGACAGGGACAUCAUCGGCAUCGCGGAGCACCACCUCCGCCAGCCUGCGCAGAUAGGCAAGGCAAGAGCGGCGCUCAGGAGGAAAGGCAUGCACAGCUACUGGACCAAGGCACGGCCAGGAGAAGGAGAAGGCACUCGUGGAGGAACGUGUGCCAUAACGCGAGGAUCCUUGGACGUCCAGGACAGGAUCGCGGGCUUCGACGAGCACUACCUGCACGAGGACGGCAGCGACGUCACGGUGGUGAUCUCCAACCUGCACAAGGUCCGCUUCGCAGUGGCCUUCGUAUACCUCGAGUGUGGGACGGGCUUCGGAGAGAGGAACGUCGACAUCCUCUGCGACCUGCGGGAAAAGAUGGCCGUCUGGGGAGGGCCAUGGGCAGCGCUUGGGGAUUUCAACAUGACGCCGUCGGAGCUCAACAACAGCAUCUGGCCCAGGGUGCUGAAUGCCCAAGUAGCAGCGGCGGAGGAUGGCGCCCCCACGUGCUUCCCAGCAGGAGGAGAAGCCAGGUGCAUCGAUUUCGCGCUGAUCUCGCAGGGCCUGGCGCCGUAUUUUGACCAGCUGGAGCUGCUCAGGACCGUGCCGUGGAAGCCGCACAUUGGCAUCCGCUUGAAGCUGAGAGGGCGGCCUCUAAAGCUCAAGGGCAGGGUACUUCGCAGGCCAGCAGCCAUAAAGCCACCAGUCGCAGUUGAGAGAAUGCCGAAGUCCAGAGCCGCUUGCAGGCGAGCGGCGCGAGGAGGCCAGGAGGCCAUGCGCCGACGUCAGCAAGCGCUGGCAGAGGCAGGAUGCGACCAGGAAGGAAAUGACAUGGAGCCAGUGCCGCAGCUGUACUACGACAAGGAGGUCCAGCACGUCAUCCCUGACGAGCUGUGGCAGGCCACCUCCGAGAGGGUCAGCUUGCGUGUCUACGACGAGUUGCCCCAGCACUUGCAGCGCACUGUCGUCGGCAAGAUGAUGGAGCGGGACAUGCUGGAUCUGGGGCAACAGUACGACCACUUCGCUAGCACACUCGAGCUCAGCCUGUGCGAGAGCAUCGGCAUCCCAGAGGAAGAUCGAGGACGUCAUCUCGGGCACAGCAGGCCCCCGAGCUACAAGAGCGUGAGCAUCAAGGACACCGUCACCUCUACGCCAUGGGCAGGGGUUGAAAGGAAGAUCCAUGCGUGGUGGGCGGAGAUCUCCUCCUUGGUGCGGCAGCUCUCGCACCACGACGCCCGAGCGCAGGAGGCAGCGGCAAGGCGCAACACCAUGGACAUCCAAGAGCACGACCCCUUCGAGGAUGAGGAGGAGUACUUGGAGUACCGCCAGGAGAUCGCAGACCAGGAAAACAGCGAUGUGUACCACCAAUACAUCGAGGGGCAGCAGGCCAGCCUCGAGUCCAGCCAGACCGCUCGCCGCCGAGCAGCUGGACCUGAUUCUCACCCACCAGCAGGACGCAGCACCAUGGACGACCAAGACCACGACCCCCUCGAGGAAGAGGAGGACCGCUUCCAGAACCGCCAGGAGACCGCAGACCAGGAGGACUGCGAUGGGUACCACCAGCGUAUCGAGGGGCAGCUGGAUGGAAAUGGCUACGGCCAGAGUCAGAACCAAGCGCCGCCAAGCCCAGAGGCAGAUGAGCAACGAGAUAUGGGCCUGCCCCCUACAGACCCCUGGAAUGACGACCAACACCAGCGGGAGCGGGAAGACUACGUGGCCAUGAGAGACGACCUGGAGUACUGGGCGGCCAUUUGGAUGGAUAACUUGGCGCAGCUCCCCACGGACAACAGCAACUGGAUGCAGAUCUGCGUGCCGUUCCUGAAGACCAUCCUGGGAGGCAGGCUGAACGAUGAAGGUGCAGCCAAGGACCAGCAGCAGGCCCUCCUCGCAGACCUGCACGCCAUAGCAGAGGGCGCCCUCGUGGACCCAGGGACGAUCAGCAGGGUAGCAGAGGAGGUAAAGAGCAUGGCCAAGCUACUCACAAAGGCGGUGAAGAAGGCGUACAUCCACUGGGUGCAUGACGCCACGGCUGGCAGUGCGAAGAUGGCCCACGCCUACACCAAAGCAGCAGAGCGCAGCCAUCUGGAGGACAUCCUAGAGCACGAGGGCCAGGUCAUCAACCACCCGCAGCAGCUGGUGGACUUGCGCAAAGAAGCAUGGCAACGCAGGUGGACACGAGAUGCGCAGAAGGCCGAGAGGAUCCAAGAGGCGCUGGCCAAGCUGAGGCAGGCUGCCCUGGCCCAAGAGAAUGCCCUCGAGCCCAUCAGCAAGGACAUCAUAGGCUCCAUCAUCCAGCACCUGAAGAGCAAUGCAGGCCAAGGAGCGGACUGGUGGAGGGCUCCAGAGCUCAAGGCCAUGGGAGCCCAGGGGCUGGAAGAUUUCGUGCAGUGCCUGACCAGCUGUGAGCAACGGGCAGCCUGGCCGUGGCAAUUCUACCUGGUGCUGGAGCUGCUGCUGGGUAAGAAGCCAGGGAUCGGGGGAGAGCGCCCCAUCGGCCUCAUGCCCAUGCCGUGCCGCAUCUGGAGCGCAGCCAGGAGGCCCAUAGUAGCCACCUGGAGCAAGGCAGCGGCGGGCUUCUGGGAUACGGCAGUAACUGGCUCCUCAGCGCUACGAGUGGCAAUGCACAGACUUAUGAGGGCAGAAGCCGCCACGGAGAUGGGCUUUCAUGCAGCAGGAGUGUUCUACGACGCGGCAAACUUCUACGACAACAUAGGCCUCGACCAGCUGAUCGAGAAGGCCAGUGCCCUCCAGUACCCGUUGCUGCCGCUGGCAAUGGCCGUGCAGAUGUACCUUGCGCCCAGGGCCAUCAUGGCCCACAGCCUCUUCUCGGACAUCUUUGAGCCUGCCAACAGCAUGGUAGCAGGCUGUGGCCAAGCGGUAGACCUCACCAGACCGCUCUUGUAUGGUAUCCUGGAUGCAGCGCACAGGCACCAUAUCUUCGUCGUCAUGCAGCAGUACCUGGACGACUUGGCCCUGCAGGUGGAGGGCGCGCGGCGGCAGGUCAUUGACCAGAUCAAGCACGUGGCGGCGCUGGUGCACGAUGGUUUCAAGCAGCUCGCGAUCCCCAUCUCAGUCAAGACGGCAGUGGUGGCCUCGGACAAGGACCUCCAGGCAGAAGUCGCCAGCAUCCUGGACAGCCUGGGCACCCCCAACAAGCAGCCAGGGGUAGUGCGCGACCUCGGCGUGGACACCAGCCUUGGGAAGCAACUGCGGCGACCCACCCAUGCCGCGCGCCAGGCCAAGGCCAAGCAGAGGGUGGCCAAGCUCAGGGACCUGGCGAAGACGGACGCCAGAGGUGCGGCAAAGGUCUAUGCUGCAGGUGCCUACUGCCAGCAGGCUUGGGACUUACCAGCGCACGGCAUCACGCCCACGGAGGCGAAGUUGGUCAGGGCAACGGAGGCAGCGCUCCUCACAGCCAUCGGCGACCAGAUCAAGCAGUUCUGGCUCACCGUAGUCGACCACCCGACGGAGCUCAAGAGGUACCAGAGGGGCUGGCUCCUGCUCUACGCCAAGCUGGGCGCCCUGGAACCCAACCGCAGGUGGCAGCAGGCUGGAGGCGACCUCUAUCAGCUGCAGCGCCACCUGAGAAGAAGGAGGCGUAAAGGACAGCAUGCAGAGGCAGCAAUGCUGGAGACCAUAGCGGUGGCAGGCAUCUGGGCCAGGGAGCGUCGCAGGGCGGCCAACCUCAACCAAGAAGGCGAUGACACCUGCGCGAGAUGCGGCGAGGCGAUAGAGACAGAGGAACACCGCUACUACGCCUGCCCUGCCAACGCAGAAAUAGGGCACAGCAAUGACACCGACCUGGCGAAGAAGGCGAAGGACGCGCUGGACCAGCGGCAGGACCUGCAUUUCUGGCUCCGAGGCAUCCCGCCAGCGGCCUGGGCAGCCAAGGUCGACCCAGACGAGGACGCGGCGAAGGCGGCGCAGAUCUUCUGCACCAGUGAAGAGGCACAAGCUGCAGCCCAGUCAGGGCACAAGGUGCGAGCAGACUAUGUUUUUACGGACGGCUCAGGUGGUGCAGGGGAAACGGCCAGGGACCCCCGCCUCAGACGCUGCGGCUGGGCAGUGGUGGCAUUCAGGUUCGACGAACAAGGUCGUCCGCAGGAAGUGGCUGCCUGGUACGGCACAAUCAGGGCACCGCACACGGUGCCACGGGCAGAGCUCACCGCCAUGAGCAAAGCCAUCGGCUACACCACGGCGGCGACAGCCAGGGGGCUAAACAUAGUCAGCGAUUGCAAAUACGCCCUGGACGCACUCAAGCAGAUCCAGGACCCUGAGGAUCUGGACUACAGGAGCACGAACUACGACCUCUGGCUCCAGACGAAGCAGCAGCUACAGAACAGCAAGGACACCAUCAUGGGCCACCACAUCCCGAGCCACCUAAUUGAGCACCCAACAGAGCUGGAGAGGUGGAAUGGUCCCACCUGGUGGGUCAUAGGUAACGAGAUGGCGGAUAAGUACGCAGGCUGGGGGGCGGAGCGCGGAGCACUGGAUCCAGCUAUCAUCGUGCAGCAGCAGAUCAGAGACCAGAUCACCAUGGCGGUGCAGAACAGGCUGCUGGCCAUCAACAUGGCGGUGAUGGUGGAGGACCCCAACAAGGACCAGCACGGCAACGUCAGGCUCGACUUCAAGGCGGUGCAGAUCGGCACGCAGGUGGUGCACGGCUCCCACAAGACGCAGUACACCCAUGGCUGGCUCUGGUGCGAGAAAUGUGGCGGCACUAGCUACCUUGGGGACCACAAGAGCAGGAUCGUGGCAGGAGCUAAGCCAGCAGCAGACCCAGCUGAUGAGGGUCUCGACGAGAUCACCAUGCCAGGUGGCUUCAAGCUCGGCCUGGGCAACCACGAGGUGAUCGAUCUGGACGGGGACAGCUCAGAGGCAGGGGGCCCGCAGCCAGCUCCGCAGCAGCCGCCCAGCCAUCCGUACUCUGUCGUCCACGCCAGCUUGAGGCUCGUCGACCACAUGGAGGGCUAUGCAGAGCUGUGGAUGAACAUGGUCGACCAAGAGGUCUGGGACGACAUGGACGACUGGAUGGAGCACUGCGUACCGUACCUCUUGGCCAUCACCAAUGUGGGUGGCAGAACGGACACGCAAGAGCAGACCAGGGCCGUCACCGUGCAGGAGAUCCAGCAGAUGAAGGACUUCUGCGAAGAAGUCUGGCGCAACACGCACCGCACGCGACGGAGGCUCAUGACCAGGAUGCUUACCCUCCCGCAUGGCACAUGGCAGCAGGCAGCUAGAGUGCACAUGGACGCCUUCCACGACAGAAGGAACAACAUCAUAGCGCACAGCAUCCCCAGCAGUGAGCGCAGGCCGCUGCCGAGAACAGCGGAGGCCAGCCGAGAGUGGUCACCAGAGAACCUGGACGAGGAUGACUCGACCCCAGACAGUGAAGCCCCAGAGCUGGAGGGUGAGCCGAGCAGCCAGGAGAUGGAGACCAUGGUGGGACCUGAUCAGAGGCACGACGCCAACAACCUGAUGCAGACGGCAGUGCAGGUGGCAGUUACGCUGACCAAGCCAGUGGGGCCCGACCUGAUGAAGUUCGUGAGCGAAGCUGACGAGGCCGGCUUGCUCCACCCAAGGCUUCGACACAACAAAGGAGAAGCCGACCAGGACCCCGAGCAGGAGGUGGCGUGGCUCGAGAGGAACAGGCUCGAGCAGCUCAUGCAGUCGCUGGCAGGCAGUUGGAGCCAGAAAGAGGGCGAGCUGGGCUGGCCAUCGUGGCAGGCCGCGUGCGUGCCCCAUGUGAUGAGGGCGCUGCAGACUGGAGUCUAUCAGAGGCUUUUCAGCCACGUGUCAGGGACGAGCCGCCAGCGCAGCCAGCGUCGAGCGGCGGAGGAGAUCUGCCGCCUGGCAUGGCUCAACACUGGAGAGGAGCGUAGACAGAUCCAGCAGCAGGACCCGAAGGAGGCAGAGCGGCGCAGAGCAACGGCCGAGCAGAUCCUGG